AUGUACCCAGAUCUUGAUCGAAUGAGGAUUCUAGCUGCGUGUUCCCUAGCCUGUCAAGAUAGUAAGCCCGCUCGGUCGCCAGUUGACGGCCAAACGGCCCAGCUGGCCCAUGAGCCGUGGACCAUGAGCCAGUCGGGCCCUUUGGCCGUCAACUGGCGACCCGUGCUCAUGGCCACCGGGUCUUGGCCCUUGUCGCUUGUGCCACCGCCCUUUCACCAUGUCCAUUUGAUGUAG